AUGAUCGUGGUGAUCGUCGUGGUGGUGGUGAUGGGUGUUGGUGGUGGUGAUGGCGAUUGUGCGUGUGCUCGUGAGGACUUUCAGCAUCAGCAACACCUACCCGAGCUCUGCGAGAUCUUCAAGGACACCUGCGGUUGGUUCUACACCUACUUCUGGGACAAGGCCAACAUCUGGGGGAUCGGUUCGAUCCAGAGGAGGCCCUGCCCGACCUUCUUCGAGCCAGAGCCUGAGCCCGAGGUUCGAGAGGACUUGGACGCUCGGCGAAGCUUCAACGAGAAGCUCCAGGCGGUAAUCACCCUUGCUCCUCAAGUUGGUCAUUGCUUCUUGGAGAUUGGCUACCUGCACGGCCGACAAGAGCUCAGACGAAGAGAGAUUCAGUUGCUUGGUGCUGAAGGCCGACCUUUGGGUGAGUUGCCUGUGGAAUUGGAGUUCCGCGAGUGCUUGAUUCGCCUCAAGGAGGAGAAGAAUGGUGUUGAUCCUGAACGUGAUGGUUUUGGAUUGCCAACGGUUGAUGAGGAGUCAGCCAGCGAGGGCCCUGACUCUGAGGCCCCAACUGCGAAUGCAAGCCCUGAUGCUUCAGAACGUCGAAGACGCUAUGCCCGGAUUCCAACGGAUGAUCCUGGCCAACCUCCUGCCGAAGAUGAUGACCUGGUUUUGUCGGUGUCCGACAGCUUCAUCUUGGAGCAACUACGAGGAUGGCGUCUCUUGACCUCUGCAAGCCUCUCCACUGAUGAGUGGCGAGAUGUUUUGGGCACUACGCAGGGAAAGCUGGACUAUGUCUCCAUUAGCGAUGCUCUCCAGGUACUCUAUGACGAGCAGAUGACUGGUGGCACUCGACUUCAACCUGGACAUCCUCAACAGCCUCUAUAUCAUGGACAACAUCUUCAAGCCUACAUCGCGGACGAGCACUACGAUGAUGAUUGGUCCUCUAUGUCUUCAAGCUCUUCCUGGGAUGAGUGGGGCGAUGAUGGAUGGUCGUCCUGGAAUGCGGCUUUGACUUGGAGCGAAGACCCAUGGUCUUACGACAGCUGGUGGCCUGAAGAUGGAGAAGAUGAAGCUGAUGCCAAUGCAGCUCAAGAAGGUGAUCCCAAUGCCUCAGAAGCCUCUGCAGCAGAAGCUCAAAAGAUGGAGCAACUCUUGGCUGAUGGUCGCAGAAAGUCCUACAAGGGCAAGUCCUUUGACCCCUGGAAAGGGAAAGGAAAAGGAAAGGCACCUGUGAAUGCCUAUGCGCUGAACCACUAUGGUUUGGAGAUGGAGCUUCAGACCCAGCACAACGGCCCUGUGGAACACGCCAUGCUGGCAACAAAGAAGGUGGCCACUCCGAGGAAGACACAGAUCCCUCGUGAGAUCCCACCUGGCAGUGGCAUGAUCGACUCCGGAGCUACAUGCUCGGCUGGACCUGAAACCAGUGUUCAGCGGCUGGUGACAAAGAUCAUGGAAGCCGAUGCAGCAGCACAGAUCCGCGUGGAGACAAAGGAUCAACCUCGUUUUCGUUUUGGUUCUGGCAAAUGGGGACAAGCCCUCUACAAGUUGACCAAUGCAAGCGUUGAUGGCAAAUUCAGUCAAGCCUUCGAGUACAUGGUGAAUCGACGGAUGAAGUUGUCCUUCAACAGCAGUGUUCGGCUCAUGGGUAACCGUUUGCCCUCGCUUCAACCCCGACAACUUCCUCUUCAAGUAGCCAUGCCGAAGGACAAGGACAAGAGCGACAUGCAACCUCCGGACGAAUCACGUCGGAUGGAGGGAGAUCCUCGAGACCCACGGCAUCAACGAAGCCAGUGGCCUUGCAAGGGAACGCAUGCCCCAAGCAAGGAGAUGAGCAACAGGUACGGCAUCUGGGUCAAUUGCCUCCAGUGCGGGUACCGUCUAUGGUACAAGCCUCGAGUUGGCAGCCCAGCCAACUCCAUGGUGACGAUGAACGGCACCAAUGUGAAGCGAGCUUUGGACGAACUACAAGGUCUUCUACCUCCUCAAGCAAUGCCUACGGAAGAGUUGGUGCGCGCUAUGAUCGAGAAGGUGGUGGCCGAGGAGCGCAUCAAGACCAUGCUGAUGGACUUCGAGAAGACCAUGCAGAAGAAUGUGGAGAAGAUCAACAAGGCCAAAUCGGCCGCGACGGCCGCAAAGGCAAAAGGGUAUGCUUCUCCGAUCCAAAGACCUCGCACACCAACACCAGAGCCUGGCCCUUCUCCUGCGUCAAGCGGAUGGCAACAGGUCUCUCCCAGCAGGAUGGACCUCAACAUGGCCUUCGAGCACCUGACAGCGGAGGAGAAGGAGCGCCUCAUGCAGCUUGCGGCAGAACGGGCAGUUCAGCCGGUGAUCAAUGUGAACAUCAGCUCGGGCACGGAGCUGGAGCCUGCAUGGAUCAAGAUGCUUUCAACAGCACCUGUGGUGAUGGACCCCUUCAAGGAGCUCUGUGAUGGUGAUGAUCAUCAAGCUCAUCUAUGUUCUGGACUUCCUGAUGGCGACCUCUUCAUGGAGGACGAUGCGAACGUGCCUGACGAUGCGGUGGUUCCUGCUGAAGUUCAACCUUCUGAACAAGAUCAACGAGCAUGGAAGGCGAAAUUGGAUCGCUUUCACAGACAAGCUGGACAUCCCACAGCGCGCAACAUGGCGCGGAUGAUGGCUGAUGCACAACUCCCACGAUGGAAGAUCAAGAUGGCCUUGGAGCAUGUUUGCCCCUACUGCCAAGAACAAAAGGGCGGUGGCAUUAGCUCCAAGCAAAUCAACCCAGCGAGCAUGCGCAAUCUUCCUGGACCUUGGGAACAAGUUGGCAUCGAUGUCUCUGAGUGGGAAGUUCCUGGUGAAAACAUCAAGGUGAAGUUUGUCAUCAUGAUGGAUCUAUGCACCAAGUACAAGGUGACCGACGUCCUCUUCAAGAACAAGCAUGGCACUAUCAAGAAUGAGUCCGCUGAGGAGAUGAUCCGCAGUGUUUCGUUGAGGUGGCUUUCUGACAAGCCCAGACCUCGAAUCUUGGUUCCAGACAAUGCCAAGAGCCUCACAGCGAAGAAGUUUGUGGAUUACAUGUCAGACCUUUGCAUUGAAGUGAUCUACCCACCGGAUCAUGAAUCCUGGGCUCAUGGACUUGUUGAACGUGGUCAUCAACUGGUGAAAGAGACUGCUUCGAGGAUUCAUGCUUCCUCUCCUGACCAAGAUCCUGAGAUCAGCCUUGCACUUGCAACAGCAGCUGUGAACUCUACGGAGUACAACAAGGGAUACAGCAGUAUCCAAUGGGCCUUUGGUCGACAAGCUGAGCUGACUGAUGAUGAGCUACGUCAGCAUCUUCAACUUCCAAUUGACCGUCAACAAGAUCAAUUUGCCCGACUCCUGACAAACCGACAGUCUGCUGAAGAGCAUGCGAGAAAAGCGAGAGCAGAUCAUGUUGGCCCUACUGGACCUAUGCCUCCGAUGCGAAUCUCUGGGAAGAAGAAGCCCAGCGAUCCUGAACCUAUCGAACUGGAAGAUGACGACUUUGGCAACAUGCCUCAUGGUCCUCUUCGUGAAGAUCGCAGAUUUUCUACAACAUCUUCAACGCCGAUGGUGGAAAACAAAGAGCCCUAUUUGGACUCUCCUGAAGAUGGUCUUCCUGAUCCAGUUCCUGAGCCUGAGUCCAAGCGUGCCCGCUAUGAGGACGAGGACGACAAGGAAGACAUGUACAUGAAGCACCUGCAGAUCUUCAACCAGAUCGACAGUGGCUAUUUGAUGGACAUCGAGCUGGACCUUGCUUCAAAUCGCCAAAAGAAGGCUUUUCAGAGAAACCCGAGCCUCUACCUGGCGAAGAAACUGGCUGGUUCAGAGGUGUGUUUUCGUCGUUUGAGUGCCAAUGAGAAGGAGUUGUUCAAGCGAGCAAUGAACUCCGAAGUUUCAAGCUUCAUCAAGACAGAGGCAGUUCGCCGCUGUUUGAGCUUUGAGGAGCAACAAGAGGCGAAGCGAAGUGGACGUGUUUUGAAAUCAAGAUGGGUAUUGGUUUGGAAAUCAGUGCCUGAGGAAUCGCGUGCUGAAGCACUUGCUGACGCCAGGGAAAAUGAGAACACAGUCCACAGCUCUGAUGGCACUCGCAAAGCAAAGGCGAGGAUAGUCGUUUUGGGCUAUCAACACCCUGACUUGUUGGACCCGUCUCUAGCAACAACUGCACCAGUGCAAUCGCAGUUGUUCCGCAACCUCUCCUUGUGUGUGGUGGCUCAACGCCGUUGGCAGUUGGAAGGACUUGAUAUGUCCACUGCAUUUUUGCAGACUGGCAAGACGGAGGAGGAUCGCAGAAUUUGGAUGCAAGGGGUGCCAGAACUCAAUCGUGCCCUUGGAGCAGAACCUCAUGAAGCGGUUCGAAUCCUCAAGAACGUCUAUGGCAACGCCACAGCACCUCGAGGUUUAUGGGAAGAUGUGGACAAAACCUUUUGUGCCUUGGGAGCGAAACGCCUGAUCGGCGACAGUUCCUUUUGGAUUUGGACAAAGCCAAACCCAAAUCCUCGAAAUCAGUUUGACACUGAGCAGCUGAUUGGUUUUGUCGGCGGACAUGUUGACGAUUUCAACAGAGCCGGAGAUCUACAAGAUCCUGAGUGGCUUCGCAUCAGAGAGGCCAUUGACAAGAGCUACAAGUGGGGAACGGUGAAAAUCAACCAGUACAGACACACUGGUUUGGAUAUCAACGUCAAGACCGAGGGUAAUGACUUUCUGGUCGAGGUGGAUCAGAACUACUAUGUGGAAGGCCUCAUGGACCUGACCAUUGCCCCGGAGCGUUUGAACCGCACCGACAACCCACAGCUCACUCCUGAUGAAGUGAGUGCUUGCCGAGCCGGACUUGGAGCAGUCCAAUGGGCUGCAACUCAAACACAAGUUCAAGCCUGUGCGCGAGCCAAUUUGCUUCUUUCGCAGAUCACAAGCAACCAUGACAUGAACACGGCCAAGGAGAUCCAAGAACUCAUUAGAGAAGUUCGUUCCAAUCCAGUUAGCUUGAAGUUUUGGAAUCAUCCUGAACUUGAACAUUGGCAAGAUGUUACAAUCGUCACGCUUGCUGAUCAAGCUCAUGCCAAUCGACCUAGCGGUGAUUCUACAGGCGGUUUGCUGACACUUUUGGGUGGUCCUGCACACCGUGAAGGAGCAGCUGGACGUCUAUCCAUUGUUGGAUGGAGAACUUGGAAGCUGAAGCGCAAAGCCAUCAGCACAAAUGAUGGUGAAGUUCAGUCUAUGUUGGAGGGUGAGGACGCGAACUUUAGAACAAGAUUUAUGUGGUGCCAACUCAAUGGUGCACCCAUUGGUGAUGAUGUCCUCAACAGCGCCAACAACAUGGUCAAGACCAUCUAUGGCAUCGUUGGAACAGAUAGCAAGGGUGGCUUUGAUGCUGUCACUCGCUCUGAGGGACCGAUGCUUGGUCUCACGAAUGCCCGCAGUGCUCUGCAGGCCUAUCAACUUCGUGAACAACUUGACCAUGGUGGAGCAAAACUCAUUUGGCUUGCUGGUGAUUGGAACCUGAGCGAUGCUUUGACGAAGAAGCCUCAGGUGGCCCGACAGAGCUUGUUGCAGUUUCUUCGCAACUUUGUCUGGCGACUUCACUAUGACCCGAAGUUUGUCACCAGCGAGAAGAAGGCGAAACAACAAGGACGUGGAGCACUUCAGCAAAUGAGAGAUCUCCAGUGUUUGCAACCUUUUUCCCAUGUCACAACCUUUUGA